UGCUUAAUAUUGCCCCGGGGUAGCGCCCAACCGCACACUUUCCCGCUACCGAGAAGCAGUGUCGGACCGGCCAGCUUUCUACAGGACGAGUGAUAGUGUCAGAGCCAGCAGCCAACAUGCCCAAAGUCGCUGUGCCCGGUGAGUGUCCAUUCGCCACCUGGACAAAGAAAAUAUUUCGUUUUAACAUCACAUAUUACUAUGAAAUUUGUUUUGCAUCACAUAAUGGGCAUACAAUGGUUUAAAAACUAUUUAUAUGUUGCGUAAGAUCUGGACGGCAUUGUCAUCUCCAGCAGAAACCGUAAUCUAGGAAUGGGAGUGUCCGAAUAGUUAUUUGUACGUAUCAACUCUUAGAUGCUUGUACGAGAAGUACACUAGGCGAGGUUUGGUUUUCCAACAACGCUAUUUUUGGUGGUGUUGGUAUAUGAGAGUAUCUCUGGAACUUUAAUUCAAAGACAGGAACUGUGUCAGUACCCCUGACAUUUUAAUAAAUGGCGGCUGAAUGAAAAUAGAGGUGUUAGGUUUUCAGGCUUGAGAUAUUACUUCAUCAACACCUGUGGUUGGGUUGGUGCUGUUUAGAUACUAGAGUGUAAUCUGUAUGCCUUCUUGAAAAUUUCAAAUAGGGUUUAUAUUUUUAUGCAUGCAUGCAGGAGUUCACACGGUGCUUUUUGCAGCUGUGGCAAUGUGCAAGAUUGUUAGGUGUGAUUGUAAGAGAGGUUUCGAAGGCUUAUGAGUUAUGAAUGCAGCACAUGGAUCCAUGCUUGAAAAUGCCAAGGAUCCUUUUGCUAGUCAGCGGAUUCCAGUGACUCAAAUGUCAUGCUGGUGCCUUGACAUGCCGUAACUCACUUAAAGAUUAUUUUUACAUCAUAAAUGUUUGUCCAGUGUUUUCAAGCCCUAGCGUGUGCAGUUGUGGUAAUACAUUUACAUGCACAGUGCAGAAUCUGCAAAAUGUUAUUCAUUUUAACAUAAUAUGUUAAGAUAAAAUGUUAAAAUUACUAACAUUUUGCAGAUCAUCCAAGGUGUAUGUACUAUAAACUUAUUAGCACAGCUGUUUUCUGUUCUUCUAAGUAGGAUAUUGGGUUGAUUUCAGAUGUGCUGCAUUCCAUGUGCAGGCUAAGAAUAAUCUGAAUUUAAAUUUGCAGACUGUGAUAGGAUAUCAGUCACUGAUAUCACCAGGUUUAAAAAUAGACAUUAUCAUUUCAAAGCAGGAGGGAAGGCCACGGAUUGGCUGAGCUUCAGAGAGGACAGGCAGCACAGGACAGUUAUAAUCAUCUGAUUAUUAAUUUCACACCCAUGUUAAAAACCCUUGAGUCUAACACACUGUUAAACAUGCUAUUUAUUAUAUGUGAACACUUUUGUCUCUGCAUAUUAUCAAGCUGGACAGGAGGAAGUCAGUCGUUUGUAGGUUGACAGUGUGAGUUUAGGGCGGGACUAUCUGUUUGGCUGACCAACGGCGGAUGGGGGCUGUGCUUCUGUAACUAUUUCUCCUAUUCAUUUUAGUGAAUUAUGCAAGUAACACUCAGUAAAAUGACUUAAAGUUUUCUGUUUUGCUCAAUGUGUGUUAUUGUCCAUGUCUGUGACCAUAACCUUUCGUUUGCACCUCUCUACAUGAAUCCUGUCCCAUGUCUGAUGGGUACAUUUUACUAACCCAGCAGAGAAGAAGCGUAAGUAUUGAGAGGAAUCGAAGGCGGAUGAUUGUUUGUGUGUUUGGAAAGGGCAUGAAUUGGUGGAUAUGGGUAUCUCAGAAUCCAUCCCAUACUGGCGUAUCCCAAUAGAUUGGCCAUGGAACUCCAGGUGGAUACACUGCGUGUGGUUUUUAAUGAAGGUUUUAGAACAGAGGAAUGUGGACUAGGGGAUGUUGAGUAUUAUUUAGUAUGAACAAAUUAUUUGUUUAGUUGUCACGAUCCAUGACAUUGUGCUUAAAGCAACAGUUCAGCCAAAAAUGAAAAUUCUUUUCAGAAGAUAUCUUGAAGAAUGUUGGGAACCAAACAGUUGCAUAAUAUGGACAAAAAUACUAUGGAAGUCAAUGGCCACCAGCAAUUGUCUGGUUACCCAACAUCUUCAAAAUACCUUGUUUAACAGAGGGAAGAAAGUGAACAGAAUUCUCAUUUUUGGGUGAACAUUUUUUUUUAAGGGUGGAUUGUGGUCUGGGCCAGUGGGGGAGUAAUUCAGGGCUCUAGCUGAGCUAUGGGUGCGUCUCAUUUAGCUCCCUAGGGUGUGGAGUAGCAUACUGUGUAAACAAAUUCGGGCACUUGUGAGGACCCAUGCUCACUACACAAUGGGACAUUGAUUGGGACUAUUUCCAGUAAUUUGAUAAAGUCCUGGUUGUACACUGUCACUACUGACAUUUCUUUUUAAAUGCUAAUUCAAGUACAUUAUUAUUAUUUUUUUAAGUUUUGUUUUUGGGCUUUUGCCUUCAUUCUUGAUAGGACAGUAGACAGCAGACAGGAAAGCACUUGGUGAAGAGAAGGGGGAGAGACCAACAAAGAACCUCGAGACGGGAAUCGAAUUCAGGUCGCCGCAAGCACAGUCACACCACAUGUCGGCACACCAACUACGAGGCUAUCGGCGCCGCAUUAAAGUACAUUAUUAUAAAUACUUUGAAUGUUUUACAUCCCUGGAAAAUUUUAGCUGAAAAAUUCAUUAUGAAUAUUAGCUAUAUUAUGUUAACUACUGGAUAGUGAUGUAUAUUUAUUUCAAAAUAUAAUUAAAUAACAGGUUGUCACAUCGGAUACCCAUUUUCCACAAGUUGGAAUGAUAUUUUAGGGUCUUAAUGAAAUGUCUGCAACAUACUUUGGUUAAUAUUUCUCAAUGACUGCGUAAAACACCUUUUUAUCUUGUCAAAAACAUCUCUGUUCAGCGCAACCCGUUUCGGUGCAUGUCUCUUUAAAUGAUAAUGAGCUACUGUUUACCCUGCACUGAGGGCGGAAAUAUGCUAAUACAAGACAGGGCAGUGCUUGAGUGGUAUGACGUCCUACUACUCAGAAAAUCUAAAUAAUUGAGCUUGACAUGGCUUGAUAAUUGAGACUUUGUUUUUUGGGGAUUAGAAAAAAGGAGUGAAUGGAUUUUUGUCAUUGUAGGAUGGUUGUGUUCACCAGUGUUGGGGAAAGUUACUUUUAAAAGUAAUGCAUUACAAUAUUGAGUUACUCCCUAAAAAAGUAACUAAUUACAUUACUUAGUUCCUUUUUAUGGAAAGUAAUGCAUUACUUUUUAAAUCUGGGCAGGGCUUGCUUGUUUGUUUUUAAUAUAAAAAGUUCUAUUUUUGGCAAAUGUAAAAGCCUUUUCACACCAAAAGCCUCAGGCAUUGAGAAAAGUAAAUUCACGUCUGUACUGUGGACCGCAGAAGAAAAAAAUGUCAACUCUUUAGCAAUAAAAAAAGGAAAACAAAUGUUAGAUUAUCUUGAGUAAUUUUUGCUUAUUAGUAUGGUUGAAUUGGAUCAUCGCAGCAAAGACAUUGGUUAAUACAAUGGGAUUAAAUGCAUAAAGGAUAUUUGUAUUAUUUAACAUAUUUAAUUAUUGCAUGUUUGCAUCAUAUUCUGAGUUGAAUUUCACAGUUUUUAUUCAUUUUGAGGAAUACUGAAUCUGUUUUUUGUGAGUGAGAUGAAUUAAUGCAUGUUCACAUUUAUUCUAGAACUAACAUAUUACUCCCGAUUUCUCUCAACAUGGGGACAGGAGAGCUUUUCAUAAAUAAAUGGGGUGAAAAGUAACUAUAUUUUCUUGUCAAUUAAAAAGUAAUGCGUUACUUUACUAGUUACUUGGAAAAAGUAAUAAGAUUAUAUAACUUGCAUUACUUGUAGUGUGUUACCCCCAACACUGGUGUUCAAACACUGCUAAGACACAUUUAUAUGCAAACACCAUGUAAAAGUAAAUUUGACAUCCGAUGUCCCCGAUAAAAUGGCUGAAUUCCUGAUCAGUACACUGACAACUCAAGUAGGAAGCUGACUGAGACGCACCCUUAGUUCUCAAAUUUGUGAUUUAACUUCCUGUUUUUUGUUCAAUAUUGUGACAAAAGAGGGCUCCACAGGACCAAAAUUCAUCCAUGAUUUGAGUUUGACCAGUAAAAAAAUGUAUGAAGUGAAGUUAUUUGUUCACAUAGGAAGUGAACAAAAACAAAUAAAAGUUUGCCUCUUUGUGAAGAGAACAUAUAGUGAUGAACUGGAAUGUCAAGUCUUGUUUGAUUUCUUGUGACGAUGAUGGCAAUCUUGGAACUUUGGGAAAAAAAAAAAAGACACUGAUGAUGAGCAUGACUUUUUUAUUUUUAUUUUUUAAACCAUAAUUUUAUACUUUCUAUUUUUAUCCUUUCUCCUCAUUGCAAUUUCUUUUUGUAUAUACAAUGGUUCAUAUUCACUAAUUUACUGUAAAAUUCAUGAUUUAAUAUAACCGUUUUUUUUUUUUUUUUUUGUCACGUGGCAUGUGUGAUCCCUCAAAUGUGAUUAAAAUGACAGUUCUGAUGUGUUACUAAUUCAGUCUAACCUAUAACCUUUUCUUUUCAAUGUUUUGGAUCUUCCUUGCCCACUCUGUGGAAAUGAAUAAUCAGAAGGGAAGACGGAUGAUCGCACGCGUGCGUUUGCAGAGCGUGUAUUUGCUUCGGAGACCAAAGAUGAUGAUGUCCGUGAUGAGAUAUCCCUGUUUGAUGUGGCUGAAGACUGUCCUAUCCUUAACCAAGAGCUGGCCCACCAUGUAACCGAGGAUGAUGAUGCGGAGAAGCGUAAAAAGUAUCUCAAUCGCCUCCUUCCCGUGCUGGAAGAAAAACCAACCUACCUGGAGGUCCCUCACUUCCAGAGAGUGGCCAUCACUGGCGACUACGCUGCUGGGGUGACCAUGGAUGACUUUGAGCUGGCCUGUAAAGGUCUGUACCGUGCCCUGAUCAUCAGAGAGAAGUACAUGAGGCUGGCUUUCCAGAAAUUCCCCAACACUCCCUCUGAGUUCCUACGCAAGAUUGAAGGAGAGCAGUGGAAACCUGAGGAUCAGGUGCUCCCAGUCUUCACCUCUCCUCCUAAGUCUGGUGAGGAUCCUUUCUGCACAAAGGACUUCCCACCUAACCUCGGCUAUGUUGCUCGCAUGAAGGAUGGUGUUAUCUAUGUCUACAAAGAUGCAGAAUCUGCUGAUAAACACCAGCCUCUAAACCACCCCGGGCCAGACCUUGCCACCUUCAUCGACGACAUGAACUUCCUCAUAGCCUUGAUUGCUCAGGGCCCAACAAAGACAUACACUCAUCGUCGUCUGAAGUUCCUCAUGUCAAAAUUCAAUGUGCAUGAGAUGUUAAACGAGAUGGAUGAAAUGAAAGAGUUGAAGAAAAAUCCCCACAGAGACUUUUACAACUGCAGAAAGGUCGAUACUCACAUCCACGCUGCUGCCUGCAUGAACCAGAAGCAUCUCCUCCGCUUCAUCAAAAAGUCCUACCGCGUGGAUGCGGAUCGUGUGGUGCACAAUUUGAAGGGCAAAGAAAUGACCAUGAAGGAGCUCUUUGCAUCUCUUAACCUGCACCCCUAUGAUCUGACUGUAGAUUCCCUGGAUGUGCAUGCUGGCAGGCAAACCUUCCAGCGUUUUGAUAAAUUCAAUGCUAAAUACAACCCCGUGGGUGCCAGUGAGCUGCGUGAUCUUUAUCUGAAGACUGAAAACCACAUAUCCGGAGAGUAUUUUGCCACCAUUAUUAAGGAAGUUGCUAGUGACCUGGAGGAUGCCAGAUACCAGUAUGCAGAGCCUCGUCUCUCCAUCUAUGGCUGUAACCCUAAUGAGUGGACUAAGCUUGCAAGCUGGUUUAACAAGCACAGAGUCUUCUCUCCUCACCUCAAGUGGAUGAUCCAAGUGCCGAGAAUCUAUGACAUUUUCAGAGGCAGGAACUUUGUGCCACACUUUGGAAAGAUGCUGGAAAACAUCUUCCUCCCUGUUUUCCAGGCCACCAUUGAUCCAAACUCCAACCCAGAGCUUAGUGUCUUCUUGAAGCAUGUGACUGCCUUUGAUAGUGUGGAUGAUGAGUCCAAACACAGUGGUCACAUGUUCUCCACAAAGAGCCCUAAACCUGAGGAGUGGGACAUCGUGAAGAACCCAUCAUACACUUAUUGGAUUUACUACAUGUAUGCAAACAUUGCCCGAAUCAACCAGCUGCGCAAGGAGAGAGGAAUGAACACAUUCCAGUUCAGACCUCACUGUGGUGAAGCUGGAGCUGUCACUCACCUGCUGGCCUGUUUCAUGACUGCAGACAACAUCUCUCAUGGUCUCAACCUCAAGAAGAGCCCUGUCCUGCAGUAUCUGUACUACCUGACCCAGGUCCCCAUUGCCAUGUCCCCACUUAGCAACAACAGUCUGUUCCUAGAGUACAACAAGAACCCUCUGCUGGAGUUCCACCAAAAGGGACUGAUGGUCUCUCUGUCCACUGACGACCCCAUGCAGUUCCACUACACUAAGGAGCCCCUUAUGGAGGAGUAUGCCAUUGCAGCCCAGGUGUUCAAACUCAGCACCUGUGACAUGUGUGAGAUUGCCAGAAACAGUGUUCUCCAGAGCGGCCUGUCUACUGAGGAAAAGAUUCACUUCCUUGGUUCCAACUACCUGAAGGACGGUCCCGAAGGCAAUGACAUUCGCAAAACCAACGUGGCUCAGAUUCGCAUGGCCUACCGCUACGAGACCCUGUGCUAUGAGCUGAACCUUAUUAAAGAGGGAGUGAUGGCUGACUAAACAAACAUGUACACAUGCAAAGUGGAUUGUUCUACACUCUCCUUAAAUUAUGUCACUUCCAACGACACCAUUAAUGUAAAGCCCAUGAGAUAACAUCCCUGAAACACAGCCUGUAUCUUAAUGAGAACUGGCACUCCAGAACAUAUUCUGAGUCUUCUUGUACACAGGUGUCUGAUUCAUCGUUGGCUUGUGUAGUUUGUCUUAUGUCUGACCUUUAGGUCAGGUUUACAGUUUGCAAUUAAGUUUACAUCUCCUUUUGCCUUAUUGUUGUUUUUUAGUGGUUUCUGCUUUGGAUAAAAAGCCUGUUACAGUUGACUCAAUAAAAAAAUCUGUAUUUAAAA